AUGUUAGUUCAUCCUUUCACGGUUAUCUCAUCGUCAAAAAGUCUCGAGAAACGCGAUGUUGAGGUAAAACAUUGGACAAUAGUAGUGGCGGUGUUAUCAGUUGCAGGACCCUGUAUUUUAACGGAAGGCACGCCCAUACGAAUCGGCAAGAAGCUGAAGAACCGUUACAAGGGUCGCUUUUACGAGAAGGACCCAGAUUCUCAGAUACCUUGGCCUAAUAUUCCACCGGAAUACAUGUCUCCAAGAGUUGUUUAUUCAAGUGUGAAGCCAAUGCAUUCUUUGGAGGCAACGUUUGACGAUGAAAUUGAAGGGGAUUACCGGCAGAAUUCAACUCGGGAUAUUACAACGUGGGGGCCUACGCUGUCCCAGAGACGGACUAAGCGGCAAGCGUUAAGAGACAGGUUGCAGCGACAACGAGAGUUUAAUCGGCACGUUGGGAAAUCAGUGUGCGCUACAACGUACGCCUGGUCCGAACUGACGGAAGCGGAGGACUGGUGGGGUAAUAUGGUCCGGGUUGCUCAGCAUAUAGAUAGCGGUAACACACGGGUUAAACAGUAUAUUUAUGAAGCGUAUUGCCUAAAUGGCGAACAUGCGUCGUGCAGCGCCAUUGACACUGACCUGUAUCGGUCGUCUUGUCAAACGAGAUUCCUUUGGGUGUACGCAAAGGUUAUUCGUCACGGGGACAUGGAGGGAUGGAAUCUCAUUAAGAUGCAUGUCAUCGACAUACUAACACCUUACUGUGCAGACAGUAUUGUCAAGAAACUGGUUCACCUCAAGUUCCGCAGAAUCCGCGAAUUCGCCCCAGAUAUCGAAUGA